AUGACCUCAGCCGCCACGAAUACCUUCGUCGUCGAGGGUUUUGCCUUACUAGGCGUGUCAGUUUUGCUGGUUGCGCUGCGAAUUAAAGCGCGAUGGAUUAUGGUAGGAUGGAAGGAUUUCCAGCUAGAUGAUUAUCUGAUGGUUCUAGCUGCUGUGGUUUACGGUUUAGAAACCGGUGCCGCAUAUAUGGUGGCCGAGUGGUUUCAUGGACUUGCCAACAAUUGCAUGACUGACAGGCAACGGGCAAAUCUGUCGCCUGAUUCCGACGAAUACCGCUGGCGCGUCGGCGGUUCGAAGGUCCAAGUGGUCGGUUGGUCACUAUAUGUGACGACUCUAUGGCUGCUAAAGGCAUGUAUGGCAAUCUUCUAUGCUCGAAUAACGGGUGGUUUACUGUAUAUACGAACACGGAUUCUCAUAUCCUAUGCUUCGAUCGCAGUGACCUAUGUUGUUGUGCUAAUUGUUAUUCUUGCUGGCUGCCAUCCCAUUCACAAGAACUGGCAGAUAUAUCCCGACCCAGGAAAUCAUUGCCAGCCAGCCGUGGCUAAGAUUCACAUCUAUUUCACAGUUUUGCUGAAUGUGACUACAGACAUUUAUCUCAUGAGCGUUCCUAUUCCAAUAAUUAUAACAUCCCGAAUGAAGUGGCGAGAGAAGGCCCCACUCAUAGUCCUUUUUAGUGGCGGUCUGUUUGUUAUCACGGCUGGAAUCCUGCGCUGUGUUGGUGGUGCCAAUAGUGCUGAAGAAGGUGCUAGUUGGGGUCGUCGCGAGUCAUUUGUAGCGGUUGCUAUCGGAAAUCUUCCUAUGAUCUAUCCUCUGGUCCGUCGGAUCGCCCGCAAGGCCAGGUCCUGCGUCAGACAGAAUAUUUCCCAAAGCUAUCCUCGAUACCCGCUAUCGGACAGCGCUAGUCAGUAUCACAACCAUCCUGUAACACAAUCACGAGAUACUGAACGGAGGCACAAUGUCCAGGAGCUCGACCCUUGA